AUGACAUAUCUUUUUUCAGAUAUUCCAGCAUCUCUAGCUAGAGUUUGUGCUAACAAACCAAUUCAUAUAAUCAUUUCAACAGUUUUGUUUGCAGCUGUUGCAUAUUUGGGGAUAUUUGAACAGUAUAUCACUAAUGACCUUCCAGCAACAGAUUCACAAGAGGUCAACUUCUACUGUCCACCGUCUUCAAGCAAUUGGGAAUUACUCAAAUCAACCUCUGAUUUGGAUAAAUACUCUAAUGCUGAACACGUUUAUCUUAAUCCUUUGAAAUUUAAAGGAUUUACAGAUUCAUUUCCCGAGUUUCCAAAUCUGAUCGAAGACCUUGAAACUUCGGAUGUUGAUGGGUAUGUUCUAACAGAUACAGCUGUUGGAAAUUUACCAGAAGUACUCAAAAAUGAACAAGGCCAGGUUUUCAAACUUAGAUCAUCAAACAACAAACUAGGCAAAUACUACGAAUACUGUAAAUCUAUUAUUGUGAAGCUACAGCACGCAAUUGUUGGCGCUGAACCUCUCGAUAUUGUCAUGGUACUCUGCGCCUAUGUGGCAAUGUGGUUUACUUUUAUUCAGUUGUUCUACGGUAUGAGAAAAAUUGGCUCUAAUUUUUGGUUGGCUUUUGGUUCUAUUUUAUCUUCUUGUUUCGCAUUUAUUUUUGCCUUGGCUUUAACUACCGAAAUCCUUAAAAUCAAGGUAUCGCUAGUCUCCCUGACGGAAGGAUUGCCUUUCUUGGUUUCAACAAUCGGCUUCAAACAUAAACUGGCAUUUACUGCUCCAGUUGUAAAGGCUCUCAAUUCAGAUCCACAUAAGGAUGUUGCUGAUAUCAUUUCUGAUGUCGUAAGAUCAAGAACAGCAAUCCCAUUAAUUAGAGAUCAAUUGAUUAUUUCAGCUUCGUUUGUUAUUUGUUCUCUUUUGGUUCAAAAUUUGCCAGGUUUGAAAAAUUUCUGUAUUUUGGCUUCGAUCAUAUUAGCUGUGGAUUUAUUCUUUACAUUUACGUUCUUUGCAUCUAUCUUAUCAUUGAAAGCACAAAUAUUCAAGGUCCAUCGCGAGAUUGAACUAAAAGAAAUUCUAGAAGAAGAUGGUAUUAGCUCAAAUGUUGCAAAUAAUGUUGCGGAAGUGUCGAUUGAUAUUUCUCAAACAGUCUUGAAGAAUAACCGUCGUAUCUUAGGUUUCAAAAUUUUCACAGUAUUCGGUUUCCUUGGUCUUCAUUUAUUUGCUUUGGGUACAUCUUGGUUAUACGACGAUUCUGCUGAUUUUGAACCAAUUGCCAACAGAGAUUCUCAUCUUUUAAUUGCUGCCGUUAAAAAUACAAUCACUCAAAUUCCAAAUAAUGGAUUAUUGUUAACUGUGUUACCAAUUAAGGUUUAUAGCCAAGCAACAGCUCUCACUGAACUAGAAUACUAUGUUGUUUUGAUUUUCACCACUCUAACGACAGCUAUUUCAGACCCAUUGAUCUCGAAGUUUUUGUUUAUGAUUGCCGGUAUUUCAGUUUCUAUAAACAUCUACCUUUUGAAUGCCACUAGAUUCCACAUCAGAUCUCCUGUUUCUAUUAUCAAUCAAUUGAACUCAUCAAAGCCUAAUUCAUCUGUUGGCAAUGACAUAGUUAAUGCUUCAACUACCACCUCAAAAUCUUCAAAGAAGACCAAGAAGAAAACCAAAAAGAGGGCAGAGAACAAUAUCCAAAAACCGCUUGUUGCAGACGUUAAUGCGGACAAUAUCAAAGAAGGCCAGAUUGUCGAUGAGAAUAGUACUGCCGAUGAUGACUCUUUGAGUGAGAAUACCCUCUCCUCAUCAGAUGACACCGUAAGGCCUUUGGAAGAAUUAACCGAAAUAUUAAAAGCAGGUAACGUUAAAGAUUGUAACAACUCAGAGGUGCUAGAGUUAGUCAUUGCUGGAAAAUUACCAUUAUAUGCGUUAGAGAAACAACUAGGUAACAAAAUGCGUGCUGUCGUUGUUCGAAGACAAUCUAUUGCCAAAUUUGCAAACGCACCUGUUUUACUAAGUGAUAGACUACCAUUUAAAGAUUAUGACUACGACAGAGUUUUCGGUGCUUGUUGCGAAAACGUUAUUGGUUAUGUUCCAAUUCCUGUUGGUGUUGCAGGUCCACUUGUGAUUGAUGGGAAACCAUUCCAUAUUCCCGUUGCGACAACUGAAGGUUGUUUAGUUGCUUCAGCAAUGAGAGGUUGUAAGGCAAUCAAUGCAGGUGGCGGUGUUGAAACUGUUUUAACUGCAGAUGGUAUGACCAGAGGUCCAUGUGUUCAAUUUCCAAACUUGAAGAGGGCUGGUAAGGCCAAAGUUUGGUUAGACUCAGAGGAAGGUCAAAAGAAAAUGAAGGCUGCCUUCAAUUCUACUUCCAGAUUUGCGAGAUUACAACAUAUCAAGACAGCUAUUGCAGGGGAUUCAUUAUAUAUCAGAUUCAAGACUACUACAGGUGAUGCAAUGGGUAUGAACAUGAUCUCUAAAGGUGUUGAACAUUCUCUAAAAUGUAUGGCGGAGGAAUUUGGUUUUGAUGAUAUGAACGUUAUCUCUUUGUCAGGUAAUUACUGUAUCGAUAAAAAGGCAGCAGCCAUCAACUGGAUUGAAGGACGUGGUAAGAGUAUUGUUGCGUCUGCAGAUAUUCCAUCUGAUAUUGUUGAAAAAGUUUUAAAAUCUAACGUUGAUGCAUUAGUUGAAUUAAACGUCUCCAAGAAUUUGGUUGGUUCUGCAUUAGCUGGCGCAAUUGGCGGAUUCAAUGCACAUGCUGCAAACUUGUUGACGGCCAUCUAUAUUGCCACUGGUCAAGAUCCAGCACAAAAUGUUGAAUCUUCUAAUUGUAUGACUUUGAUGAAAAAACUGCCAAAUGGUGAUUUAAGAAUUUCUGUUUCAAUGCCAUCCAUUGAAGUGGGCACCAUUGGUGGUGGUACAGUAUUAGAGCCACAGGGAGCAAUGCUAGAAUUAUUAGGUAUUAGAGGACCCCACCCAACAGAACCAGGUGCAAAUGCAAGACAAUUGGCAAAGGUAAUUGCAUCUGCAGUGUUAGCAUCUGAAUUAUCAUUAUGUUCUGCUUUGGCUGCUGGCCAUUUAGUUCAAUCACACAUGCAACAUAACAGAAAGGCACCUGCGCCACUCGAAGCUGUACCAUCCGCUGGUGUUAGUCUCAACUCUGCUGAUGUAGAACGCUUGAAGGAAGGUUCUAAGAUUUGUAUUCGGUCGUGA